GUAAUCGUGUGAGGGCGUUCUUGUUCUGAAUGAAUUAAUUUUGUCAACAAACAGAUGAGAACAACACAUGGAGGUUCGGAAAAUGGAGCGUUGUUUUGAAACAUUGGCUUCUCUCUGCUUACAGCAAGUAUCAAAAUCAGUCUCAGACGUCAGUUAUUGCAGACUAGAGGAAAUUGCAGAACUGCCAACCCAUCUUUUAGUGGAUCUUGCCCCAUUGUUGAGUGCAGAGAAUCUUGACGUGCUGCAUCCAAUUUUUCUCAGGAAAGGUGUUAGUGUACGGCAUCACUGGCAGAAAUUGAACAGAGAUGUCUUCAAGAGAGACAAGCGGGCCCAACAGUGUGCUUUCCACGACCCUUCAUUUACCCAAGAAGAUUGGCGACAAAUAUUCCUUGAUAACACAUGUCAGCAAAAGCUCCAAGCCAUAGAGCAUUGUAAGCCAGAGGAGCUUCAACAACAACAUGAUAUUCAGAGUUUGAAGGUGCAGAGCAUACUGCAGAAUCCAUUCUGCAAUCCAAGCGAUGAUGUCAUCAGCCGGAAGGGAAAACCCCUGGAGGAUUAUUUCCCAUCCUCUCUGCGUCUGGAAAGUCGCCUCCUUCCAUAUAUCCAGGCCAAUCCUGUCUCUAUGCAUUCCCUACAAAGAAAUCUCAAGGAGCUUGUACUGUCCCAUUACCUACCCAAGUACAAACAAGUCUUAAAGACAUUCUUGGAGCGCUUGAUCCAUGGAGGCGUCCUAAGAAAGCUGACUCUCAAGCACCCAAAGUGUCUUACCCCAGGUGAGCUGUUCAGUAUUCUGGAAGUCUGCGCUGGAAGACGCUUUGAAGAUGGACAAGAUAGUAUAGAGACAAGGAGGUCAUGCAAGAGGAAGAUCAACAACGAAGCAUCUUCAUGUUGUAAUGGAACGAAGCAAGGUUGCUUAAAGAAACAUGACACAGGAAGAAUAGGAUCUUCACAGAGGGAGCGAGUAGAGAGGUUAGAAUGUACUGACGUCAGGACUCUUGAACCACAACAUGAUGGUUCAACGCAAGGUUGCUUAAAGAAUCAUGAUACAGGAAGGAUAGGAUCUUUACAGAGGGAGCGAGAAGAGAGCAUAGAAUGUACUGACAACAGGACCCUGGAUAUACAAAAUGAUGGCUCAACGCAAGAUGGUAGACAUAGGAUGGUGCCCAAACUGGGAGAACCAACACAAACAGAGGAGAAUAUAGACUCCAGACAAGACCUGUAUGACUUCUGCUUCGUUGAACCGAUCAGGGUAGAAUUAGAUUUGAGUAAGAGCCCUCAAGAAAACGACAAGGGUGGCAGUAUUGUCAAAUUAGACCUGCCAUUACCAAGUUGGCAUGGAAUUGAUCUCAAUGAAGAUAAAGUUUGUGAUUGUGAUGAUGGAGUUUGUCGACUCAGUCGAACCACACAUUGUAUACAGCAUCUUGUAUUGUGCAGUUUUAUGCUACAGGAGCUAGAGUACCAUGAUAUGUUUCAGAGAGCUCUGAGUUUAUGGCCAGGCCUUCAGGAGCUGGAGUUUGUAGACAAUCUAAUGUAUGGGGAAUCUUCACAGAAGAUGCUUGAAGCUUUGUCAAUCAGCCAGCGCCACACGCAGUCGCUGCGGAGACUGCGCUUUGAAGAGAACUCAAUCCAAGACUGCAAUCUCCUAGCACUUAGACAUCUCAUGUUGAGUUCUAAACUAGAAACCCUUGAGCUUCAGUCAACUGAUUUUGAGUUUCUGUCUGAUGCGGAAUCAGUGAAUGGCAGCAAUGGACAGCUACUACUGCAUGAAAUAGCGGAAGGCUUCAGCCAGCUUCGCACCAUCAAAUUGAGCCAAAACAAAUUGAGAUCCCUUCUCUGCCUAGAGAGGGCGCUAUUGCAUCCAAAUAGCAACAUCACUCAUCUGGCUUUAAGGAGCUGUCAACUAACUACAGAAAUGCUUGACUUUUUCUUCUUACAUGUUAAGGAUAGUCCAAGUUUGCAAGAAUUGGAUGUUAGUCUUAACACCUACACCCCUGGGCGGACUGGUCAGCUUUCUGGCUUGGUGCAACUUCUACAGAGCAACAAACUCACUAAGCUGGACCUAGUUGGAUGUCACUUCAAUCUACAAGGUUGGAUACGUUCCAAUGAUUUCAUAACAGCUCUACGAAAUAAUCUUUCCCUUCAUCAGCUGGGUCUGGCACUAAACAUCCUCACGGAUCGCUGCUUGCAACUUUUCACUGAGGUGUUUGUUUGCCGUUCACCAGACACGUCCAAGAAUGGUAUCCCCACCCCACGACUCUGCUUUGAUAUAAGUAACAACUCCCAAGUGACCUACGAGGGUCUAGAGGCAUUCUUCAGGACUCUCCACCAUGCCAGCAAGACACCAGGACUUGGGGUCAACCCACCUUGCCACCUGAUCACAUCGAUGGCCAAGUACCGCCAUCACCAUAGUGACUCGGAGUAUCUGAGAGUCGCCAAAGCCCUCAGGAUGACAAUCAUGGAAGUUGAAAACGUCCAGCAUCGGCAUUUUGGGGAGGGGGGUCGGAUCAACUUUGAGAAUUUAAUGGUGGAACAUUUAUCCCAAAUGUAAACCUCACCUUUCCUUAAAUUUGUAUGGUCAACAUCGUUGAUACCCAUAAGUUGCUUUUGAUAUUAUCUGAAUUAAAUUAAUAAAAAUCAAAAUGAAAUUGCCUAAACAGUCAUUGUAUAGCGCUCAUUAUUUUAUGACAGGUAUAAAUCUAAGAUUCCAAGGGUUUAAAAGGUGAUAGGAUUGCUCGAUCGUAACCGCUGAAAGUGUGACUUUGGAAUAUCCAAGUGCUGUACAUUGGACAUUUAUUAUAAAAGGCAAAUGACACAUUUGGUAAUUGUCAAAGAGCAGCUAGUAUUCUCAUUGGUUGUGUCCGGACAUUUGCAUAAAAUAACAAAUCUGUGAAAAUUUGGGCUCAGUUGGUCAUUCAAGUUGCAAGAAAAUAAAUGAA